CAAGAGUCAGUACGCAACCAGCGCCAUAGUGAGAACGACGCAAAGACCUGAGAGAAACCGAACGGAAUCCAUAGUCUCAAGUGCUGUGAGACGACGAGAACAACGUUGAUUUGCACUACGAAUGUGAUUUCAGCAAAGAAAUUUACUUGAGAUAAUUCUUGAACAAUUUAAACAUCUCUCGUGCAAAUAUUCAUUUGGAGAUUGAGACUUUAUCAACUGAGCUUUCUAUCUGCACACACGACCACCAAAAUGGACUAUUCCCCACUUCUCAGCCAAAUUGAACAUCCACUCCUCGAUUUCGACGACGACUCGGACAACUUUCAGAAAAUUAAUCUCAAUACGGAACCUGAGGAACUGAAUGCUGAAAGUCAAAGCACAGUCAUUACGACGGGAAAAAAUGUAAGCGGUGGCUUUUUUCGAAGGAGUAAAAGCAAAACUGAUGAGUUAAGUACUCCUACCAAGAAAAGUAGUCCCAUCGAAAUUAAAGGGUCCCCUAGUCAUCACAAGAGUCAAAAUAACAAAGAAAAGGAACAGCAACAUGGAUCAAAUUCGUCCAAUAGCGGUAGUUCAAGGAUGUCCUUUUUGAAAGUAUUGACCAGGAGGAACUCGUCCACGAAUCAGGGAAAGCAUAAAAAAAUGACGGACAAAUGGCUGGAGGGUGGCGAGCCAGUAAUGGAUGGAGUUGCAUUUUGCGUGAAAUUUCUGGGAAGUACGCUGAUUGAGAAAGCUGGUGCUGCAGAUGCUGCUGAAGCUACAAAAACAGUGAUUCAAAUGACUAAAGUUGGCCACAAACCGACCAGAUUAGGAAUGACUGUGAGCACAAAUGGUAUAACGCUAUCGGACCCAUCAACUGGAGAGAUUCGACUGGAAAUCUCAAUUUAUGAUAUCGCACACUGUUCAACUGACUCUAGCCAUCCAAGUAUCUUUUCCUUCAUUGCUACUAACAAAAAUGAUGUCAACGAGUGCUACUGCUUUGCCACGAGGAAGAGGAAAAUGGCACAGCACAUCACGCUAACAAUCGCACAAGCAUUCAACGUGGCCUUUGAAAUGUGGCAAAAUUCCAGCAUGGAGAAUUGUGGUGGGAGCAGUGUGUCGUCUUCAGAUGUGGUCGAAGUCAUCGUGGGAUCCACAGACUCGACCCAAAGCAAUGCCAGCACAGGAAGUGACCUUCGAGACUGGGUGGCGUUUGACCAAGACAACCACGAUACGGAUGCGGAGGAACUUGGAACUCGAUUCAGCCAUGCCAUCAAUCUCGUCACUCUGUCGCCCUUCCACAGGCCAAAUCCAAAUCCUAGUAGAAGACUUAGACAACCUCCGGGGAAAAAUGGGGACGAUCUUCUCAUAUGUUUAAAUUAACCCUACUACGCAAUAGAUGUUCCUAUGUAUUUGCAAAAUACGUAUAAGGAUGACGCCUAAUUUACGAAAUUGUUCUGUCGAGCAGACAUACAUAUAAACAAAUAUCUAUUAAUAAAUAACGCCAACUUAUGUAUAUGAUUAGGCAACUGUGCUAAAUAUUAUAUCUACGCAGAACGAUUUUUAAAAAAGAUGAGCUAUUUUGUAAUGCAAUCACCACCACAAUAUAAAACAUAUAUUUACAUAUAGACGUGCUUAUGCGUUUUAUAUUUAUAUAAACUGAAUAUAAUUUGAUGCAAAAGAUAAACAAUUAAAAUGCAAAUUAAACUUAAUUUAUUUAUGUUAAUUAAUAUGCGUACAAAUUUGUAUGAUGGUGUUUUUGCUUUAAAAAUCAUGGUGCUAUAUUACGAAGAAUGAGAUACAUGCCAUAAGCCAAAUAGAUUUGUUAUAAGUUGAAAGAUAUUUCCAUCCUUGUACUUGUAAUACUUAUUGUUAUAUUACACAAAAUACAUACUUAUCUAUGUACAAGUCGCAUUAGGUAAAGUUGAGAUUAUGUUAUAAUUCUUUUGUCUUUUUUACGCAAUUUUUAUCAUUUAUUAUCGGUUAAGUUUUAACUAAAUUUUGAAUCACUGAAAUUCAUGAUGCUGUAAAUACAUGGACUUGAUUAUAAUCUUUGUUAACACAUAUUACCUGCUAUUGUUACUAAAUAAAUAAAUUAAAAAGAGUAA